ACGUGUCCCCUUACAUAACUUUCCUAAAUCCCUUCCAUUUCUCCCUUUCACCUUCGGGUUCCUUACAAUUCUGAUUGACCUUGCUCUCAAUUGAGCGACGAAGUUCGGAGACUCACUCUCAAUGUAUCCAAUUCUACCAAAAUCUUGGCCCAAAACAAAAAAAGAAAGAAAAAGGAAAAAAGAAGAAGAAGAAGAAGAAGAAGAAGAAGAAGAAGAAGAAGAAGAAGAAGAAGAAGAAGAAGAAAUGCAAUUUGUUAUACGGUUAUACUCCAUCUUAUGUUUCAAACCCUGGCGCGCGCGAGCUAGUUUUCUGUGUAUAUAUAUAGCGCUGCAGAUUAGAAAGCAAGUCAGGUGUCAAUUCCUCACCGACGGCUUCCCAAUUUUCAAUUUCUGUUAAGUCGCCAUUUUCCACUACUCUCUUUUCAAAAUGUUGAACAAGAACUGGGCUUUAAUGGCGGUUUUCUCAUUCCUGGUUGCCUGCAUUGUGACAACAAUGGCAGCGCAUGCAGAGAUUGCCCUAGGAAGUGCCUCUCGUCUUAGUAUGCCCCUCAGAUAUGGUUAUUAUGAUGAGAAAUGCGAAGAUAUUGAGAAGAUUGUGGGGUCAACGAUGCAGAGAAUUGUGCAGCUGCAACACAACGUCCCAGCACAACUCUUACGCCUUCUUUUCCAUGAUUGUUUCAUCCGGUAAUGAGAAUGGGACUGUUGAACGUGAGGCCAUCCCGAACAGAACAUUGAAAGGCUUCGAUAUAAUUGACAUGAUAAAGGAUGAGAUUGAGGAAGAAUGCCCAAGGAUUGUCUCUUGUUCUGAUAUCCUUGUCCUUGCAACAAGAGAUGGCAUCGUUCUGGUGCAACUGGAGAGUAGAAUCAUAACCAGGGCACAGUUCUGGAAAUAUGGGAAUAUUCAUAACCAGUGCAUCAUGGCUGGUGGUCUAUACUAUCCUGUGCUUAUGGGCAGAAGGGACAGUAAGGAGUCAUUCUUUGAUGAGACAAUGGCUGAAAUUCCACGACCAAAUGGGAAUAUCACUGAAACUCUUAGGCUGUUUUCGCUCAGAGGAUUUGAUGAGAGGGAAACAGUGGCACUACUUGGAGGACAUAACAUCGGGAAGAUUGGUUGUGAAUUUAUUCAGCUAAGGUUCAGUAAUUUUAUGGGGACAGCUAUUCCUUCUGGUUUCCUUGAAGAGUUGAUGCAGAAGUGUCCAGACGAUAACAGCACCAUCACAAAAAUGUUCAAUGAACAUACCGCAAGGGGUCUGAGUGAGUCUGCUAUGUCAUACUCUCAGGGACUGUCAGCACUUUCCUCGUUUGGAACUUCAUUUGAUAAUCACUACUACAAGACUUUGAUGAGAGGACGAGGGCUGCUGUUUGCUGAUCAACAGUUGAUGGCUAAUGAAAAGACGGCAGCAGUGGUGAUGGAUUAUGCGUUGGACGAGGGGACUAAAUUUAGGACUGAGUUUGCUCAUGCCAUGGAUAAAUUGUCAAAUAUUGGCGUCCUUACUGGAUUCCAAGAAGAAGUUCGGCACAGUUGCUCCCAUCUCAAUUCCGAUCAAUGAGAACUACCUGGGAGGAGUAGACUGACUUAAAGUUUCUCAUGCUUUACAUCUGUACGUACAAAUAUGUGCGUCAAUAUAAUAUUCUGCUUUUAAGGUACAUAUACUACUAAAAGAAAUAGGUUUCAAAUCAAGAAGAAAUUCAAGAUUUUAUUAAGAAUUGUUAAA